UCUGGUUUGAGGGAGCGGAGCCGCUGCUCUUUAAAGAUCAAGAUUGCACUGCCCCAGGCAGGAGGAGGGUACAGCUCGGGCGUUACCUUCCUAUUAUUUAUAACCUGUGAAGGCAGAAGAAAAAAACCAGUCUGCUUACUCAGAGGAGCAACAGGCAAUGGAAACCCAAUGUCAGAGAGUGAAGCUUAGUGAUGGCCACUUCAUUCCUAUCCUGGGAUUUGGAACCUAUGCACCUAAGGAGGUUCCUAAGAGAGAAGCUCUGGAGGUUACCAAAUUCGCUAUAGAGGUUGGGUUCCGCCACAUUGACUGUGCUUAUGCGUACAAAAAUGAAGAGUAUGUUGGCCAGGCCAUUCGAAGCAAGAUUGCCGAUGGCACUGUGAAGAGAGAAGACAUAUUCUACACUUCAAAGCUUUGGACCACAUCCCUUCAACCGGAGUUGGUCCAAUCAGCCUUGGAAAAGUCACUGAAAAGCCUUCAGCUGGACUAUGUUGAUCUCUAUCUUAUUCAUACUCCAGUGGCUCUGAAGCCAGGGGAACAAAUUUUGCCAACUGAUGAAGAUGGAAAACUGAUGCUUGACUCAGUGGAUCUCUGUCACACGUGGGAAGCCCUGGAGAAGUGUAAGGACGCAGGGCUGACCAAGUCCAUCGGGGUGUCCAACUUCAACCACAAGCAACUGGAGAAGAUCCUGAACAAGCCGGGGCUCAAGUACAAGCCCGUCUGCAACCAGGUGGAAUGUCACCCUUAUCUCAACCAGAGCAAACUGCUGGAGUUCUGCAAGUCACACGAUAUUGUCCUAGUUGCCUAUGGUGCUCUGGGAGCCCAACGGUUAUCACAAUGGGUGAACCCGAACCACCCUAAUCUUUUGGAGGACCCGGUUCUUUGUGCCAUUGCCAAAAAGCACAAGCAAACCCCAGCUCUGGUUGCCCUUCGCUACCAGAUACAACGUGGGGUUGUGGUUCUGGCCAAGAGUUUCAAUAAGAAGAGGAUCAAAGAGAACAUACAGGUGUUUGACUUUGAACUGACUCCAGAAGACAUGGAAGCAAUCGAUGGCAUGAAUGGAAAUAUGAGAUAUUAUGAAUUUCUAUCUGUUAUCGAUCACCCUGAGUACCCAUAUUCUGAAGAAUAUUAGCUAUGAGAUAUCUACCAUGCAUUCUACUAGAAUUUCUGGCUUCUAGGGCUGUGAAGAGCAUUUCUGUACUUGGUGGAGGUGUUUAAAA